AUGCCCGCCUCGCCUGCGAACGGCUUGACGGAUAAUGUGCCGGCUGAAGGUGGUAGGCAGCCCAAGUCCCGCGUGUCAUCGUUCCUGCGCCGGGAUAAGGACAAGGACGGGCUGAAGGAUAAAAAGGAGGACCAAUCAAAGGCGGAGGAUAAAGCCAACGAGGACAAGCCCAGUGCGAAGGACCGGGUACUGAAGACGCCGUCGCCGGAUGGCAAGUCCGCUUCCACUGCGAGCAGCAGUAAGCGGAGCUCCCGCUCGCCUCAGCCCACGAUUGAGUCCCAGUCGACUCCGCCGUCGCCGGGCUCUGGCUCGCAUUCGGGAUCUGGUUCUCCGACUACGUCGGCAUCAGCGUCGAAGCACUUCCUACCUCCGUCGGACCACAAGCAUCCGCCAGGGUACGUCGUUCCGUCGCUAUCUUCCGCGACCCACGCACACUUGUCGAAGAAGUACGGCAAGUGGGGCCGUGUGUUGGGCAGUGGCGCUGGUGGUACGGUGCGUCUCAUCAAGGCGUCCAGCAAGAUGGGCGGGAUCACGUAUGCGGUCAAGGAGUUCAGACCCAAACGCCAGGGCGAGAGCCUGCGCGAGUACCAGAAGAAGGUUACCGCGGAGUUCUGUGUGGGCAGCACAUUGAAGCACCGGAACAUCAUCGAGACCGUCGAUAUCGUAACGGACCACGGUCACUAUUAUGAGGUCAUGGAGUACGCGCCGUACGACUUGUUCAGCGUCGUGAUGUCUGGGAGCAUGUCGCGUCCGGAGAUCUACUGCGUCUUCCGCCAGAUCUGUGACGGCGUGGAUUACUUGCAUUCGCUCGGGCUUGCGCACCGCGACCUGAAGCUCGAUAAUUGCGUGAUGACUACGAACAAUGUCGUGAAACUUAUUGAUUUCGGCACUGCGACUGUCUUCCACUAUCCAGGCAAGAAGACGACGCUCGCGUCCGGCGUAGUCGGAUCCGACCCGUAUCUUGCGCCGGAGGUACUCAGUGAGCAGGGCUACGAUCCACGCAAGGCGGACGUGUGGAGCGUCGCGAUCAUCUUCAUGUGCAUGGUGCUCCGGCGGUUCCCCUGGAAGAUC